GGGCCUGGGUGGGACCCUUCUUGGCCUGGGUGACCCCUCCUGGGCUGACAUCUCCCCGGCUGGGCUCCCCCUUUGAUCCCAGGCUCAGAUCACGGGGGUCCCAUCUCCCUUCCCUCUAUCCCCAGGGUCUUAGCCCUGCCGCAGCUGACCCCUGUGCCCAGGUUGGAGGCCAGGCUCCUCGGGCUUGGCAGAGCCAGCCUGGGGCCCAGCCCUUUGGCAGACCUGGGCCGACCCCCGCUGCUGAGCCCGGCCUCAGCCCGUCCUGCGCAGGCGAACGGGCCUGGGUCUCCGCGUCCUUGGCCAAGGGCUGCUCCAGCCCCCCGAGGGUCUCAUGGAGGACUCGGACUCGGCCGAGGCUGCGGCCAUGGCUGCGGCGGUGGCGGCUGCGAGGGGCGCCGCCAGCUCGGAGGAUGAGGCGCCGGAUCUGGACUCGGACUCAGACUCAGAGACCGAGACCGACACGGACACAGACCCCGAUCGGGAGGCCCGGCGCAUGAGGGCCGUGGCCGUGAUGGAAGCGCCGGAGCCUGUGAGGCACAUGGACAUGGGGGCCAGGGAGCAGGCGCUGCCCGAGCCCCCUGACCCUGAGGAGGAGGCCACCUUUGCAGAAGUGACCACAGUAACUGUGGCCAACGUGGAGUCUUCGGCAGACAACGUCUUCACCACCUCCGUGGCCAGCGCCGCGUCUCUCUCGGGGCAUGUGCUGUCAGGACGAGCAGCUCUUCAACUGGGGGACGGCCUGAGUACAGAGAAGGCCACGCUGAUCGUCGUCCACACGGAUGGCAGCAUUGUGGAGACCGCCGGCCUGAAGGCGCCGCCCACGCCCCUCACCCCAGGGCCUCAGGCUUCUCCGACUCCUCUAGCUCCUGGCCAGGAGAAAGGGGCCACGAAGUAUAACUGGGACCCGUCUGCCUAUGACAGCGAGCUGCCCGUGCGCUGCCGGAACCUCAGCGGGACUCUGCACAAGAACCGCCUCGGCUCGGGUGGGCGAGGGCGCUGCAUCAAGCAGGGCGAGAACUGGUACAGCCCCACGGAGUUCGAGGCCAUGGCGGGCAGAGCCAGCAGCAAGGACUGGAAGAGGAGCAUCCGCUACGCCGGGAGGCCGCUGCAGUGCCUCAUCCAGGAUGGCAUCCUCAACCCCCACGCCGCCUCCUGCACGUGCGCCGCCUGCUGUGACGACAUGACCUUGAGCGGCCCGGUCAGACUGUUUGUACCUUACAAAAGGCGGAAGAAGGAGAACGAGAUGCCGACAACCCCCAUGAAGAAGGAUUCCUCCAAGAACAUCCCCUUGCUUCCAGCCACGGCCACGACCACCUUUACCGUGACUCCUUCUGGACAGCUCACUACCUCUGGUGCUCUGACCUUUGACCGGACAUCGACUGUGGAGGCCACAGCCAUCAUCUCAGAAAGUCCGGCCCAGGGGGACGUUUUCACUGGAGCCACCGUACAAGAGAGCAGCGUGCAGCCGUCGUGCAGGGCCGGCCACCCGGAGCCCCACUACCCCAGCUACCAGGACAACUGCCCCAUCUCGCCCUUCCCAGAAGCCGCUUUGCCAACGUCUCAUCCCAAGAUCGUGCUGACCUCGCUGCCCGCCCUGGCCGUGCCGCCCGCGACCCCCACCAAGGCCAUCUCGCCCGCCGUGAUCCACGGGCUGGAGAUGACGGAGCAUCGCAGCUGGCUCUGCCUGGAGGAGAUGGUCAACUCCCUGCUGAGCACGGCCCAGCAGCUCAAGACCCUGUUCGAACAGGCCAAGCAGGCCAGCUCCUACCGGGAGGCCGCCGCCGCCCAGGCCCGAGGGCAGGCCGAGGCCGAGAGGAAGGAGUAUCAGAGCCAGCUCUUCCAGCCAACUGAAGAUGUGGAAGGAAAAGCCGAAAUCAUCAUUAAGCAAUCUUGUGUCAACUGUGGCCGGGAAGCCAUGAACGAGUGCACGGGAUGCCACAAGGUCAACUACUGCUCCACUUUCUGCCAACGGAAGGACUGGAAGGACCACCAGCACAUGUGUGGUCAGUCGGCCACGGUCACCGUCCAGGCCGACGAAGUCCACGUCACUGAGAGCGUGAUCCAGAAGGUCACCGUGUGAAUGGCGGCAGCACCCCAGGCCCAGGAGGCCCCGUGAGGUCCCCCAGCAGGGGGCGCCGUGGACAGGAGCUGGACCCCAGACCCGGCCGUGCAGCGGGCCCCCCCCCACACUCCCCUUGACGUACCUCUCGUGCUCACGGUCCCGGACGGCUCGGCUGACCCCGCUGAAAGCAGCCGGGGGGGCUCGUGGUCCGGGGGGCGAGCGGCGGCCCCGGCGGGCCCUCGGACCUCUCUGGGGUAGCCCCGGUGACAUCUCUGGGCAGCAGCGAAGCCCUCGGCCCAGACUGAGCGUCAGCUGCCCGAGGGUGAGUGGCGCAGGGCUCCGGGCACAGAGCGGGCUCUGCCAGGCUGGAAAGGCUUCGAGCGCCCGCAGCGUCACCAGGCCCUGCCCCCUCUCAGGAGCCUUUGGCUGUGGGUGCCCACGAUGGCUGCCUGUACCCCAGCCUCUGCGGGGACAAACAUCACUGUGGUUUUUAAGUAAUCUCUAAAUAAAAGACUCCACCACCACAAA